UAACAAAUGCCUAUAACUUAGCGUUCGAAUAAUUUUUCAUAAUUCUAAUUAAAUUAAGGUUCUUUUAAUGGAUAUAAUUACAGAUCUGGAAGCAGAUGAUGACGUUUUUAAGAGGGUAUUGGGAGAUUUAGAUGAAACUCAAGGUUGUACAUUAUACGAAGAGGGUGCUAUAAUAACACUUCCAUUAGUCUGUAUACCAGGAAUUAUAUUAUUUCCUGAACAAAUAUUACCAUUGAGAUUAAAAGUAACUAGCUUAAUAAACCAAAUCAAAGCAUGUAUUGAAGGAGAUAGGGUUUUUGCUUUUAUACCUAUAAAGCAAGAAUAUACUGUAAAUAUGUUUGGUCAUUCAGAUCUUAAAAAUAUAUUGGCUCAAGUAGGAACAACUGCACAAAUAAUUGGAUUUAGUGAAGAAAGAAUUGGAAACGAAAGAGAUAAUCAGGAAUUUCAUAGAUCUCCAUAUCUGGGAAUCAAAUCAAAAGGUCAACAAAGAUUCAGUUUGAUUAAAUCUUGGGUCAAAAUUGAUAACACCCUGUCUGCCCUAGUUAGAAUAUUGCCUGAUAUUCGGGACACAGACCCCUUAUACUUUGCAAGGUCAAAUGCUUGGAACCGAUUGGUUUUUAAUAAUUUCGAAUUUCACAUUUCAUCAACAAAAACUUUACAUUCUGAUAAGGCUGAUGAUGAUGAAUGCUCAAAAAAAGGGCAUGUAGAUUUGCAUGGCUUUAAUCCUUUGGCGAAAGAUCUAGGCCCUAGAAAAGGUGCAUAUGAUAAGUUAAGUUGCAUCAGUGAUUCUACGAAUGAUAAUAGGAAUAAAAUUCUUUCUAUAAACGAUAAUAUUAUCUUAGAGAAUGAUCGGGUCAUUGGUGACCAUAGUUUUAUUGGCAAUGCGAAUGACAUUGUAAAUACUGAUAUUGAAAUUAAUUUCGAUGGAUUUACAAAUUAUCUAAAACGAAAUACUGGAAUACCUAACAAACCUAUAUCAAACGAUGAUAAAUUUGCUGUAAACGAUAUCGAUUCACUUGAAGAAAUUAUUAACUCGUCUUCCCUUAACCAAAAUACCCCUCUCCUUAUUGAUUUUGAUACUAUAUUCGCAUCAAAUAAUCACACACCUUAUCAAACCCCUUCUUCCUCUACUUCACAUCAUAUACAAAUACCAAUAACGUUAUCUAGUUCCGUGGAUAUUUACGAUUUUAAUGAUCCCCAAACCUCAAUAACUGAUUAUAACUUUGAACAUACUAUUGUUACUUCACCUGUUCUAGAGGAGCAAGAAGAUGGGUGGUCCGAACUUUUAAGAGGGCUGUUAGGCAGUGAGUACGAAUUAUUAAGACAUGAGUUUUCUUUGGAGCAGGUAGGAACAUUUCGCCACGAGACACUAGCACAAAUAAAUAAUUAUGCGGAAGAGUACAGAGAAGGAGGAUCCACGAAUACAGCCCUAGAAGUACGGAGGCGGUGGCUUUACAAUAGAUUAUGGUCAUUUCUUCGUAGAAGGGCCAGGACUAGACUGAAUUUUGACUUGUGGCGUCGAAAUACUUCGCUUAUUAAUCAAUCCAGCUUAACAAGUGAAAUCCGAGAUCGAUUUGAAUCGGCAUCCGAUCAAUACUUUUCCAAACGGACUGAAAUUAUACUUAAUAGACAUAUAACCAUGAACCCGAUUAACAAUGCAACAUCAUUCCUAACUCAUUGGCCAGCAUUUGUCUACAAACAAUACGAUAUAAACUGUCUGGUAGAAUUGAUAAUCAAAGAAAUUUUCGUCAAUUGGAAAGGCUUAGCUAAAACCGCUUACUCAAUUCCCACAGACCCUUUCAGCCUUUUUUGCUGGAUUAACAAGUGCGUCCCUAUUGAUUACGAACCAUGUCUCAACCUUCUCACCAUAGAUAACAUUGUUUUGAGGCUCAGGGCUCAAUUGAACAUUUUACAUAAUUGCAAAAAUUUCGCUUGCAAAUAUUGUGACACAACUCUCUUCCUUAAAGAGGACGUUUUCAAUCCCCCUAAUCGUCAGGCUAAAUCCACCUUCGUGAAUCCAAGUGACAAGGCCUACGAGUUCGUUACCGUGAAUCGUAUCAGAAAUAUAAGGGUCGACGUUGAUUGGUCAAACGAUUUCACUUGGUUCACCGGUUACAGCUGGUCUGUCUUGCAUUGUAGAGAAUGCCAAAGUUUUUUGGGUUGGGCCUUUCAUUCUGACUCUACCCAACAAUCUCUUACCCUCCCAUCUUCAAAUGCUCUCAAUGAUAGCUCUCCAACUAAUAAUACUAACCUUACAUCAACCGGUAAUACCUUAAGAGAUAUUAGGUCUAUAUUCAAUAGACUCCCAUUGUAUAUACGCCAUUCGAAUACAAAUAAUGAUAAAAACAUCGCGAACAAAAAAACUGAUGAAAUUCCGACGAAUACAGGCCAAAUUGAGCAAAGGGAAACCGAUAAUUUUCUCAACGAAACCCUUAUGAACUGCACUGUCGUGCCUAAGGAUAAAAGGCCAGAACCUCCCGUAUUAUUUUACGCCAUUAUAAGAACUUCCAUGACUUCCGAACCCUUUAAGAGGCGACACUUGGACGAAAAUCAAAAUAUUCCAUUGAAUCUUAAUGAAGAAGAAACCACAUCAGAAGAAUUGGAGGAGAGCCAAGAUGAAAUAAUAGAAACCGAUUAAUGAUGUAUCUUAACAAUAUUUAAAAAAAUUUCUAUUAUUAUAUAAUUUUAUUUGUUAAUAUAAAGUAUUUAUGUAUUAGUGUUUAGAUAUCGAUUUAGUAUAUUUUUCAUAUUAAAUAGUUAUUUGAAAAAAAUUUAGA